AUGUCGGUGGCUUUUGCAGCUCACAGACAGCGGGGAAAGGGUGAUAUAACGCCCGCAGGAAUACAAAAGCUCCUAGACGAGAACAACCAGCUAAUUCAGUGCAUAAUGGAUUUCCAGAGCAAAGGAAAAACGGCAGAAUGUUCACAGUAUCAACAGAUGCUCCACAGGAAUUUAGUCUAUCUGGCUACGAUAGCAGACUCCAAUCAGAACAUGCAGUCUCUCCUGCCUGCUCCACCCACACAGAACAUGCCCAUGGGACCAGGAGGUAUGAAUCAGAGCGGCCCCCCCCAGCCCCCCCACGGCCACAACAUUCCCUCCGAGGGGAUGGGCAGCGGCCCCCCCGCCCCUCACAUGCAGAACCAGAUGAACGGACAGAUGCCCGGACCUAACCACAUGGCCAUGCAAGGGCCCGGACCCAACCAGCCCCCGAACAUGCAAGGUAGUGGCAUGAACAUGCCCCCCAGCAGCCACGGGUCCAUGGGGGGCUACAACCACGCGGUGCCCUCCUCCCAGGGCAUGCCGGCGCAGGGCCAGAUGAACAUGACUCAGGGGCAGCCAAUGGGCAGCUACGGCCCGCGGCCCAACAUGAACAUGCAGCCCAACCAAGCUCCCAUGAUGCACCAGCAGCCACCCUCUCAGCAGUACAACAUGCCCCCAGGAGGGGGCCAGCACUACCAGGGCCAGCAGAACCCCAUGGGCAUGAUGGGACAGGUCAACCAAGGGAACCAUGUAAUGGGGCAGAGGCCCAUGCCUCCCUACAGACCACCACAGCAAGGACCCCCUCAGCAGUACCCAGGCCAAGAGGACUACUAUGGGGAACAGUACAGUCACGGAGGACAAGGAGCACCAGAAGGUCAUAAUGAUUACGGUUUUCAACAACCCUCGUAUGCUGAACAAGGCUACGAUAGGCCUUAUGAGGAUUCCUCACAACAUUACUACGAAGGAGGUAACGCCCAGUACAGCCAGCAGCAGGAGGCCUACCAGCAGGGGGCGCCGCAGCAACAGGGCUACCCACCCCAGCAGCAGCAAUACCCAGGACAGCAGGGCUACCCAGGCCAGCAGCAGGGAUACGGUCCCUCCCAAGGAGGCCCAGGGCAGUAUCCUAACUACCCCCAGGGGCAGGGGCAGCAGUAUGCUGGCUACAGGCCGCCUCAGCCCGGGCCUCCACAGGCCCAGCAGCAGCGGCCCUACAGCUACGAUCAGGCCCUCAUGAGGAAAUAAGGACCGGUUAUUUGAACCCCUGACUAGAUCUGUAAGACAUGAAGGGUCAGUAUGGGAAUUACCAGCAGUGAGGUACAAAAGUUCCAUUCCAUGUGCAAGGUCUCCAAACAACCAUUGUCUGCCCUCAGGACUGGAAUUAUUCCAGUAAUGAGACUCUCUAAUUUACCCUUUUCUGUUCCAUUCUGCAUAAUGGCUGCUGCUGAUCUUUCUUUUUUUUCGACCAGUUAAUUAAGAGAUGGCUGGGUGUUUUAUUUUUUCCUCUCUCUGCAUAUAUCAAGGCCUCCACUUUCUAAAUUCAGGUUAUGUCUGAGGUUGCUGUUCAGGUAUAGUGACAGAGCAGCUACAUAGAGUGUCAGUUGGUUGUCGUGGUCACCCCAGUGAGGUUAGCCAGAGUGGUAAGCCCAUUCUUAGUCUCACUUAAAAAGUGCUGAGGAAGAAGAUAUGGUUUUACUUACAUCAUCUAAGUCCCACCACUUCUGAUCUCUACAAGUAUCCAUUUGUUUUGGACUCACUCUAAUAGCAAUGAUGCCUUAAACGUACAACCACAAAAACAGAAUAUCUGAAGACAUGUCCCAAAGACAGAACUGCCUUACUUCCUCACAUUUCAGAUUGUGAAAUAUGGCAUCAUUUUGGUUUUUGUUCUUUGACAUCAGGAGACAGUGACUUGUCACUAACUAACCAUAGUGCAAUGUUUUUUGGUUUGUUUUUAUAAAGCAAUAAUGAACGAGGGAGAAGAAAGUGAGGUCUCUUGUCAUUACACAUCAUAUUAUGUAAGAUGGUCAUUUAUAUAAAGGUCAGAAUAUUACCUG